AUGGAGAUCCUGGCGCCCAAGACAGACUAUCUGGCGGAGUUUCUAGCCAUUCAGAACCAGCAGCCACGCAAUCUUGGGUUCUUCGGCACCCGCAACAUGGGCUUCAUGCACCAACAGCUCAUCGAGGUGCUGUCCUACGCCAUGCUGCUGACGGGCAACCACAUCUUCACGUCGGGUGCCACCGGGACCAAUGCCGCUGUCAUCCGCGGCGCACUGCGGGCCGAAAAGCCUGAGCUGCUGACGGUGGUGCUGCCACAGAGCAUGAGCAAGCAGCCAGCAGAGAGCCAGGAGCUGCUGCAGCAGGUGGAGAAUAUCAUUGAGAUGCCACAGAACGAUGGGCUGGCAUUGCUGGAGGCCAGUCGCAUCUGCAACCAGGAUAUCGUGGGACGCGUGCAACAAGUCAUUUGCUUCGCCUUCCACGACUCCAACUUGCUGCUAGAAACUUGCCAGCUAGCGCGCGCUGAGAGCAAGCCCGUGUGCCUCUUUUAUCUGGACUGA